AUAGAGGAGCAUUAGGGAGAAGAAUUAGGAAAUACUUGAUUUUAAAAUGUGAUCCAGGUUUAAAAAUAUCUCUGUUUUGACACCCUCUUUAUGCCUUAGCAGUGGCUGCUUGGUGCACGUGAUUCUCACUCGGGCAUGAAUAAACUGGGUAUGAAGCUCUGCUCUGGGAUUUGCAACGACUUUUCCCUUGCUUCCUUAACUCUUUGUGAUUCCACGUUGGCUUAAAAAAAGUACUGUUCUUAUUUCUUUUCUUGUUUUCCUCCUGUACUUUGGGUCAUAUAUCAGGACUCUGAAAGGAAGGGGUGCUGGCCUGUGAGUAUCUGAGUAGUACUUAUGUACUGGGCUUUUUGCUUUCCUCUGGUUUCCAUUUUCUUUCUGAGAGCUGACAUUUUCUUUUCUGAUUUGUGAAAUUCCUAGAAAAUGAGGAGCUGGGCAAACCAAUAUGUUUCAAAAUAUAAACCAAUGAAAUACAGCUUCCCACUAUUUAGAAAAUGAUAAUGCAUGCCACUGGAAAAGAUAGAAGCAUGGAAAAUACAAGCUCUAGCAGGGAAAUUAUUGCAUGCUUAGAGCCAUGGAGCGGAUAGAUGUAGGGGUAGGAGUUGAUUUCUUUGGCUUCCUGUCUGCUGUGUAAUUGUAGCCUUGAUGCAGUUGUGGCUUGGAGAUUAUAUUUGGGACCAGCACGCAUUGGACUGGGCAGCACAGAAGUUGUGGUGAGCGUAAGUCUAAAGUAUUUGGUCAUGAGAACUGAGGAAAUGCAAAAGAAAGUAACUGCUAUUAAUGCAUUAAGUGGUUUGCUGCAGCUUUAUCUUUUUAAUAGGCCCCAUGAUUUGGGAAGAAAAGUGUAAUUUUAUUAAGAAUGGUAAUUCCAAUCACCAAAAAUUAUAUGGGUCGAGUUGGAUAGUUUUAUGGCAAAGGCUAAAAUAGAGACCUUGCUUUCUCUCUCCUCCUGCUGUAUGUGGAGGCUCGGAUGCUUGUUAAGGGAGAGCCAGGCAUCACACUGCCUGGGGCAUGGUUAGAGCCCUGGGAAGAUUUACAUUAAUCAAACACAAACAGACAGUGUAGCGUGAAGAAAUUUCUAUCCCGCUAGCAGUGCUCACCAACUUAAUUAGGUUAUUGGGGCAGAAAAAGAAAACAGCCCCUUCACCCUCCAAUCCUUCUUCCCCAGGGCUUGACCAGUCAUACAAGCUGUAAGAGCAGUAAGCUCAUUGCCCCCCUGUUUUGACCUCCUAGUUUCUUUCCCCGGAUGACAGAAAGAGGCAUGCUUUCAUUCUCACCCUCUUUCCUGCCCUCUUCUCUUCUAAAACAAUACAGAGGCUCUGUUUUUCUGAGCCUGUGUGCUUUUCAGGUGCCGCGGUGGUCGAGUGUUCUCAGAAUGCCUGAGAACAAAAUACAUUAUGUGGCAGAGUGUGACCCUGUAACAGGCUGGAAGUGGAUUGAAGGAAAAAAUCUCUCUGCCCUAAGCCUCGCCUUUGUUCAUGUGUCUUGUGUGCUACAAUUUCUUUGAUCAGUGAUCCGAUUUAAUUACAUGCAUGCACGUAUAUGUAUAUAGACAUAUACGUGCACAUACAUAAAUGCAUACAGAACGUAGGUAUCUAUGUAUUGUGUAUGUGUAAAUGCAUAUAUAGGCAUAUAUUGUUCUUUCCCUCAGAACAGUUGGAAAAGCUGAAUUUUAAAAUCCUAGCUCUCCUCUGCUUUCUUGUUGGAUGCAGUCUCCCAUAUAUGCAUAUGUGGGAUGUACGUGGAUGCUGUUAUCCAUGCGUCCAUUAGCAGCGCAGCGUUGGGCCACAGCUGAUGGUGGUUGGGAGGAGGUGGGAGAAAAGAGGUGGAGUUUCUUCCCUUCCCUCAAGUGGUCAGUGAAACAAUCAGGCAGAUGCCUCUCAAGGACAUCGGAUAAGCGUGAAAAAAAGAGAAAGCUUCCAAGAGGGGUAGCUUGAACUCCUUGGAGAGGACUUGAUCUCGGUGUACUCCCCCUGGAAGUGGGCCUUUGGGAUCUCCCUGUUCAGCUGACUCUGUCUUGUGAAACAGGUUUCCUCUCAAAAAACCUACAAGACACGGCAGCAUUCUGAGCAGAGAGUCUCCAGCUGACAAGAAGCAGAAGGUCGAACGCUGCAGUAGUACGCACGACUUUGAUCCGACAGAUAGCUCCUCCAAGAAGACAAAGUCUAGUUCGGAGGAGAGUAGAUCCGAGACGUAUGGUCUUGUUCAACGGUGUGUUGUUAUCCAACGGGAUGAAAACGGUUUUGGGCUGACAGUCAGUGGAGACAAUCCAGUCUUCGUGCAGUCCGUCAAAGAAGAUGGAGCAGCCAUGCGGGCUGGAGUGCAAACAGGUGAUAGAAUUAUCAAGGUGAAUGGCACUCUUGUAACACACUCAAACCAUUUGGAGGUGGUAAAGCUGAUCAAGUCGGGUUCCUAUGUAGCUCUCACUGUUCAGGGGCGCCCACCGGGGUCGCCUCAGAUUCCAUUAGCUGAUUCUGAAGUGGAUCUGGCAGCGUUUGGUCAUAUGUCUCCCAUCAUGACAUCUCCCCAUUCGCCUGGCGCAUCAGGAAAUGCGGAAAGGAUUACUAGCCCAGUGCUUGUGGGGGAGGAGAAUAAUAUUGUCCACAACCAGAAGGUGGAGAUUCUGAGAAAGAUGUUACAGAAAGAGCAGGAACGGCUGCAGUCUCUGCAAGAAGAAUAUAACCGAUCACCCACCACACGAUUGUUCAAAGAGAUACAGGAAGCGAAGAAGCACAUUCCUCAGCUGCAAGAGCAGUUGUCUAAAGCCACAGGCUGUGCUCAGGAUGGAGUCUUAUCCUCCAGGUCUGUGACGGAAUCGCUGCAGAUCAGUGAAGUGGAGGCAGAGAGUGGGGAUUGUGUGAGCAAGCUCGAUUACAGUGGUGACAGCCCCUCCCGACCAAACAGUGACAUUACUGAUAGUCCUCGCAGUGGCUUGAAGGAGCGGGUUUAUCCAGAUGAGAGCCCAGAAAAGACUGAGGUUCAAGAUACUGAUUCCCAGUCCAGUGUUGGAAGUCCUUUAUCCCGAGUGGUGCCUCAGAUCAUUGGAGCAGAGGAUGAUGACUUUGACACUGAACAGGAGCAGAUUAAUGGACAGUGCAGCUGUUUCCAAAACAUUGAGCUCCUGAAAUCUCGCCCAGCUCACCUGGCUGUUCUUCUGCAUCAUGUGGUAUCCCAGUUUGACCCUGCAGCGUUGUUGUGCUACCUUUACACAGACUUGUACAAGCAGACCAACUCCAAAGAGACUCGGCGUGUCUUCCUGGAGUUUUACCAGUUCUUCUUGGACCGAGCUGCAAACCUGAAAGUUCCAGUUCCAGAUGAAAUCUCCUUAGAACUAGACAGAAGAAGGCCAGAACUCCUUCCUGAAGAGCUUCAUCGUCAGUUUAUACAAACUAUGCAAGAUAAAGUCUGUCCAGAAGUUCAAAGGAAUCUGGAAGAUUUCAGACAGAAACGUAGCAUGGGAUUGACCCUGGCAGAAGGAGAGCUAACCAAGCUGGAUGCAGAGAGAGUUCGUGACCGGUUUGCAGUGGAGAAGGAAAGAGCAUGUGCAGAACAGAUUAUUGCUAAAAUUGAGGAAGUCUUGAUGACAUCUCAGCCUUUGGAAGAAGACAAGAGUUCCACGAUGCAGUAUGUGAUUCUUACUUACAUGAAACACCUGGGAGUCAAAGUUAAAGAACCUCGGAACCUGGAGCAGAAGCGUGGCCGUAUUGGUUUCUUGCCAAAGAUCAAGCAAAGUAUCAAGAAAGAGAAAGAAGGAGAGGAAAAAGGAAAGAGAAGAGGCUUUCCUAAUAUUCUGGGCCCACCAAGAAGACCGAGCCGACAUGAUAGCAGUGCAAUUGGCAGAGCCAUGGAAAUGCAAAAGCCCCGCCAUCUAAAGCACGUACCUCCAGCAUCUUCCGUUAGCCCAGAGCCAGCAGAUUCUAGCAAGAUGCGCCAGAGUGGGUCCUCCAGUGAAGGAACAGAUGGGCCAUACCCACCUGCCAACCCAAUGUCUCCUUUGGCAAUGGGUCCCUUUUCUUCUCCAGAGGGAAGCAAGGACAGCGAAACAGGUUUGAAGCAGACAGGAGAAGCUCCACCUGCUAAUGACUGUAUGGAUGGCACACCCCGCACACCUAAUAAUACCUUUGAAUUUCCAUCUCCUUUGGAAAACUUGCAGGAGGAGGAGGGAGAAUCAGAGAGAAUGGUUGACAUGGGAACACCAAAGCCUUUUCGCAAGAUGGACAGUGUUGGUUUCACAGAUGUACAAAGUGAAGAUGAGCUGUAUGAUUUUGACAUGGACAUGGACCCUCCCAACUGGCAGCAACUCGUGAGCCGAGAAGUGUUGAUGGGGCUGAAACCCUAUGAAAUCAAGCGCCAAGAAGUGAUUAAUGAAUUGUUUUACACCGAGAGAGCUCAUGUCCGUACGCUGAAGGUUCUGCAUAAUGUCUUCUACCAGCGUGUCACCCGGGAAGGGAUCCUGAACUCCAGUGACAAACGGAAGAUCUUUUCAAAUCUGGAGGAUAUCCUUGGGCUUCAUGUUGCGUUGAAUGAUCAGAUGAAGGCUGUCCGAAAAAGGAACGAGACAUCUGUUAUUGGCCAAAUUGGGGAAGACUUGCUUUCCUGGUUUAGUGGACCAGCAGAGGAGAAGCUGAAACAUGCAACUGCCACUUUCUGCAGUAACCAGCCCUUUGCUCUAGAGGUCAUCAAGUCACGCCAGAAGAAGGACUCUCGCUUCCAGACUUUUGUACAGGAUGCUGAGAGUAAUCCCCUGUGUCGACGGUUGCAGCUGAAGGAUAUCAUUCCCACAGAGAUGCAAAGGUUGACUAAGUACCCCCUUCUGCUGGAUAACAUUGCUAAGUACACAGAACUGCCUGAAGAGAAAGAGAAGGUGAAGAAGGCAGCAGAUCAUUGUCGUCAGAUCCUUAACCACGUGAACCAGGCUGUCAAAGAGUCUGAGAACAAGCAGCAUUUGGAAGAUUACCAGCGUCGUCUCGACUUGUCACCCUUGAAACAGUCUGAGGAUCCCAUGAUGGAUGAGUUCAGGAACUUGGAUCUAACAAAGAGAAAAAUGCUUCACGAAGGACCUCUAACUUGGAAGGUUAAUCGUGACAAAACUAUUGAUCUCUACACUCUGCUUCUGGAGGACAUUCUGGUGCUGUUGCAGAAACAAGAUGAUAAACUGGUACUGAAGUGUCACAGUAAAAUCUUGGCAUCAACAGCUGACAGUAAACACACCUUCAGCCCUAUCAUCAAACUGAACACUGUUCUGGUUCGUCAGGUGGCAACAGAUAACAAAGCUUUCUUCGUCAUCUCCAUGUCAGAAAAUGGCGCUCACAUUUAUGAACUGGUGGCACAGACUGUGUCAGAAAAGAAUGUAUGGCAGGACCUUAUAGCUCAGAUGGCAGGGACCGUAAAAAUGGGGAGUACCAGAAGAGUAAUUCGAUUACCAGAGUCAGGACCUGGCGAAGAAGAGCGUGAAGAAGAAGAACAGCAGAAGCUCAAAGAGCAGCAUGAUGUUCCUGCCAGUAGUCUACAAAGUCCAGAUAAAGAUUCGGGCCUCGAAUCUCCCUUAAUACUGAAUGCUCAGUCUUCUUCACUCAUCAUGUCUGAAAAGUCCAAGGUAGAAAGUCUUCUUGCAUCAGAAGGACAGUUUGAUAAAGUGCAGCAGGCAGACCUGACACUUAAAGAUUCUUCUGCAUGCUAUGAACACACAACCACCAGUUUAUCUUCCAUAUCAGAAGGGCAGUGGGCAUUGGAUGCGUUAAGGAACUUGGGCUUGCUGAAGCAGUUGUUGGUACAGCAGCUUGGCUUCUCUGAGAAGGGGACCCUCGAAGACCGGCAGCGCUUUCCCAGGUUUAGGACCGUUUCCCAAGAAGGCCAAACGGAGAGUGGAAAUGAGCCUGGACUGCAGCACCCCGAGAAUAACAAAUUCCACCAGCCUGGGACAGACAGAGCGCUUCCAAGAACCGCAACUAAUGAGUCUACAGCUAGUUAUGGCCUCCGGACUUCAGCUGAAUCGCCAGCUUCAGGAGAUGCCAUGCAGCUGAUGGAGAGAGACCCCAGAUCGAGUAGUAACUUAGCAAUAGACCGCAUGAGUAUGAAUCUGGAGAUCUCAGCCACGGAGCUGGAAGGGGUGGGUGCUGAUGAAAGCGGGGAGCAUUUUUUUGAUGCUCGAGAAGCUCACAGCGAUGAAAAUCCAUCUGAAAGUGAACUAAUGGAAAGGAAGGAGGAAGAGGAUGUGCAAAUACGGAUCUCAGGAAAUUAUUUGAUCCUCGAUGGAUAUGGAACAGUGCAGGAGAGCUCCACAGACGAGGAGGUAUCGUCUCUAGUUCUCCAGUGCACCGCAGGUGGCCGCGCCUCUUUGGACUCUGCACAGCAGCAGCCACUUUCCCCACGGGACACCCAGUCAGAUGGAGGAAGCUCCCCGUUUGCUGAGGAGAUGAUGGCUUCACGCUGGGGAGCAGUGGAAGAGUCCUGCUCGUUUGUAGCAAGCCCUCACUUCUCUAUAGAGUCGCGUGUGCAGAUGAUGCAGUAUAUUCAGAAGAUAGAGGAUGACCUUGAAAAGUUAAAGGAGGUUGAGGAAGACUACACCAUUCUCCGACGCCAAGGGCUGGCUGGAUCAGCCUCCACAGGAGAACACUCAGACAAAAGCUAGUCAUGUUUUCAGGCAUGGCUGAAGAUUGGAUGAAGAGCAUCAGGACUCAGCACCCGCUGUCUUCUCUGUGGACUCUGAGACAAGAGGGUUUGGACCAUCCAAACGUGAACCAUACUCUAGCAAAGUGGGCAUGGGGUGCUUUUCCUGUGGGGCAUCUGCACUAUCUUGUCAGUGAGGGAGUCUAUUCUAUUCUGCUCCGCUCCUUGCUCGCAGAAAUUCAUUUUUCAGAACAGAAAAACCAAACCAAAUGUACAGAGCUUUGGGUGUAGGAUAUAAAAAUGUAUUUAGAACAUUAAAAAAAGAAAAUCAAUGUAUUUAUUUGACUUCAUUCCGUGUAUCAAAAGCACAUUUUAAUUUUUUAAUCUGCCUUUUUUUUUUUGUUCUAUUUUAAUUGGGUAGUGACAGUUCUAGCCCUCUGCAUAUAGUACACCCUGCCUGCCACUGCUCCUGAACCAAAGGUCAGGUCUGAGGGGAGAGGGUGUGCUUAUGUGCAAGUAUAUCUUUACUUCACUGGACUGGACUCUGCACUCCCUGCUGGCAAUCAAGCUGCCAUGCGAAGAGCUACUUAUGAAGGUGUUAGGAUGACUUGUGGCUGGAACUAUCUGUAUUCACCAAUUGCAUGGGAACUGCUCGUGUCACCACAUGUGUAACAAGAAUUUUCCAUGCACUAAAUAGCCAGGCACUUCAGAUGGGCAAAUUUGCUUUAUCCCCCUCUCCCAUUGGGGGUCUCCUUUGUUGACACGCAAGAUUAAACUGGGAGAGGAGAAAGAUGGGUUUAAUUUUUUCCUUGACUUUGUUGGCUUUGAUCAUUGUGUCCUUUGUAAAGUGAUAGAAAUACUUGGACCUGCAGCACUUUUGUAACUCUUCUCUGGAUCAAAAAGAACAAAUGCAAACCCAGAAGUGUUUCAAAGAUGUGGGGCAGAUCUGCCCCUGGUUCACUACUGAAUGAAUAAGGGCUGCCAUUUGAGUUAGCCACAGGUACUGCUGAUUAUAGGGCCAGUAAGUUUUAGUACCUGAAAGUAUGUCUUGCUGAGGGCUUGGGGUGGGGUUGGGGGUUUUUUGGGGGGUGGGGUUGGGUUUUGAUUUUGGUUGUGGUUGUUUUUUUUCUUUCCUGAACUGAUUUGUGCCAAUGUGUUCUUACUGAAACAGAGAUGUGCAAAACAGAGAAGGCUGAACCAGCUCUCUAGUAUUUCCUUAUGCCUGUUCUAAUGGGUUUUGCUGUUGGAAUUCCUUCCAGUCUGGGAAUAAGAUACAAAUACAAGGCAUCAGCAGAGCUAACGCUGGACAGCCUAAGCUGGUUGUGCCUCUGCUCUGAAGUUGGUCUGAGGGCAGGCAGUUCCUGCUUGGCAUAGGGUGGUUCAAGCUGUCCCCAGUGUCAGACACAGUGAAUAGGACUGCUAGUGGAAAGUGUGUAAGUCAGUCUCUUUUACGCCCUCUUUCUAAGGUUUAAACUACUUAAUGAACCCAAACUGAGCUGCCUGCCAAACCUGUAAAUCCUUUUAAUGAAUCAGAACUGCCAUAGCGUUGUCUGCAUCAGGAAGUGCUGAGAAUCUGUCUUUGGCCAGCAUAAAGAUCAUACCCCCUGCUCCUUUAAAACAAACAUUUUCUCUUUAGCUACUGGCAAGAAAUCAGUUCUGUCCUUUUUCUACUCACGUAGGAAAAAACCAGUUCUUUUUCUUCCCAGUAGAAAUAUGCAUGGGAUAAGUUUAUGUAAAGAUUGACAGAGGUUGAACAGAGAUAUUUUGAGCCUGAUGUGAAAGUUGGAGCCAUGAGCCCUUACAGAGUAGGGGGGAGUUUCUCUUGUUUCAAGAGCCAAUUGCACAAAGUCUUGUUUUUCACCAGCAGAGCGUUACACUGCCAACACAAGCCAAAGUGUUCUCUUCCAGGCUGGCAGGAGCUUCCUCUUCCUUGGGACCCACCAAGGCCUGUCCUGUUGCACCUGUAUGAGUAUACUGUCAGUAUUAGCCAAGCACUUCCAUUCUUUCAAGGGUGGUAUCUCCCCUCCUCACCUUCAGCCAUACAGUUUCUUGGGUUAUAAUCAUCUGAACUUCCCCUGAUAAGCCCCCAGACUAGAAAACUGCCUCAUGCUGAUGUGGCAUCUUUUACCUGGUCCUGCCAGAAAGAGAACUGGGCUAUAGAUGGUUUGUAAAGCCCUUCCCUCCCCUCCCAACUCCCUUUCAUUAGCUGGAUGAUGCUUGCCUGGGUCUACACACUCCAGAAACAGGAGCAGUUAUUAUGACCUUAGCUGUCUAAAAGCUUUCCAGCAGGCUUCCAUGGGUGAUUGAAAAUUACCCCUGAAUUCUAUUAGAGAAAGCUUAGUCUGGCUUUUGAAGAGUAUGUUGAAGGACCAGCAAAAAUGGGACCUGUUAAACCUGUAAAGGCCUGGUUGCUUAAUGCUCUUGUAACUGAAGACAAAAUCCUUGUUGCUCUGAUGUUCUCCAAGUAUUUCAAGGUUCAUGGUGAGCAACAUAUUGCACAAGAAGCAUAUAUAGCUGUUAGCAUGUACACAGCAUAUAGAUGAGCUAUGGGGGAGCAGUCUGCCCAUGCUGCCUCUGACUUUUCACCUUUGCAUAAGCAUUUUGUAGCAUCAUCCACCACUGCAUUGUUUCAUCUGUUACAGAUGUAGCAGCAGUGAAAAACCUGGGAAUGCAGAGUAUUUGUGUUGCCAUGUCAGCCUUACGUUUCUGUCUCCAGAGCUCCUGGAGUGGAAUUUUCCCCACCAUUCCCUAAUGCUUCUUUGGACAUAAUCCAGUGGGAGGUCGGGUGCAAUUCUGUCUCUGUCACCUCUCAAGAUGUAUGGGGGUAACAUCCACGCUUUGUGCCAGGCUGGUGACAGUGGCAGAGAAGCCUUUCUACUAGAUGAAAUGGACAGUCUCCAGAGCAAGAGAUUGCAGAGAGCUUUAAGGAGUGUUGGAGAAGACCAACCCAUUUGAACCCAGUUUUAUGGGCAAUACAAAUGACACAUUGUGCUCUGUCCUGUUUGGUUUUUGUUUCAGCUGGCCGCCUUAUGCUACAUUGAUCAUCCUCACAAAUGGGGCAUUACUCCUCUAGAAAAAUGCUGGUGGGAUCAGGGAACCAUUAUCUUCUGAGAGCAGUAACCUGAAAUAAUGGGGGAUUCCUUUUUCUUCUGUAGCACAUCUACUGUAUGGCAGACCUCAGGCCAUGUCUCUGAGUGGAAGGAGCUGGAACUCAAUGCACUAUUCAGGAUUCUCACUUUUGUUUCACCUUUAAGCCAUAAGAUUAUCCUAUUAUAAAUUCCAGUUUUCAGUGUAAGGAAGCAUUUUACUUUGCCCCUGGUUGGUGGUUGAAUGAUUGUACAUUCCCUUAUUCAAACUGGAUAGCAGAGCAGGACAAUGUUCUCUGGUUUGUUUGCCCCAGCCGCUCCUCCCCAUUGUUAGUUGUUUUUCUUUCUCCCCCAAAUACAAGAUGAGCAAGGGUUUCUUAUCUUGGGAACAAAGAUGUAGUAUAGCAGCCAUCCUUUGCAUAUCCUUCUGAGAAGUGAUUUCUGCAGUUAGGGGUUGAUGGACAAGUCGGAUGGGUACUUUCUGGAAUGGGGAAUUUCCUUCUCCCAUAGAAAGAUAGAAGAGCAAAUGCUAAGCUGGUGUUUGAUCACUCUGGUUUCUCGAAUAUACCUUGUCUGUAGGGAGGGAAGAUUUCUUUAACAUCCUAUAGGUGGGAUCAGAAAGAAGGAUGAGGAAUGUAGCUCGGAAGUAGUUCAGAUGGUUUUGGUCAGCUUUCAGACAGCAUUAUGCCUAUUUCCAGUAUUCUCAUAAAACUUAGAUAUUCUGAUUUACACAUACUGUCCCUGUUAUUAGAAGAUGGGUCUGAUGCUUCAGCACACAACCCUUAGUAAUAAUCUCAGUGCUUGAUGGUAUCUGGUGUUUUCUCCCUCUGUUCCCCAAAGAAAUCCCUUCAUUCCUUCCCCUCCCCAAAAGGUGCCAACUGACAAGCAGAUGUACUGCAAAAGGGAUACUGCAGCCAAAACACUGCUGUUUUCUUCUGAAUUAAGUCUUGUGGAGCUCUCUUCAUACUAGGAUAUUUUUAUUUCCUUUGUACAACAUACAAUCAUGUACUCGUAACAGAGAUUUACUUUAAAGAGAAGAAAAAAAUCUGGAAGUAUUCUUUAAAAAGAAAAAAAUACACAAAUCUUUAUUAAUAAUCCUGUAUUUUUACUGAUCAUGUUUGAAUGUCUAAAAAGACUUUAUUGUUCUAAUUAUCCAGAUGUAUGUUUGUAAAAUAGCUCUUUUAUGACUUAGCUGAUAAGGUUGUAUGUUUCUGGAAUUAAAUAUUGGUCACUUAAAAAAAAAAUCUGUUUUCAGGCUCUGGGAAAUAGAAAAUUUAAGCGUUUCAAAUAUCAUUAAAUAAGCUUAAAGGAAA